AUGACAGAAACACCAAGUUCAAAAUACGGCGAAUUACCAACACUACAAUUGCCUUCAUUCUUGGAUUUUCUAAAAUUGAAAAACUUUCCACUUGUAACAUUUCCUGCUGUUCAUGAACCUUUUAGACCUACAAAGGAUACUUUAUAUAUUUAUGGUCCUGGCUACAGGAAAAGUCAAGCAAGUUUUGACGUCGAUUGCUUAAUUGUUCAAAUGUAUCUCAAGUUUUGUGGAAUUGAAUACAAUGUUAAUUACAUUAAUGAACCAGUUGCAUCCCCCUCUGGCCAACUUCCAUUUUUAGCGACAGUAUCAGGUGCAAUCUAUGAUAAUAAAGAAAUUAUUCAAUGGGUUAAAGAAACAAGGGGUAUGGAGAAACAAGUAGAAACACAUGGAGAACAAGCAAAAGCCUUUAUGGCGCUUGUGGAAACUAAACUAAGAGCUGCAUUGUUAUUUUCAAUGUGGUUAGAGCCGUUAAACGCAAAUGAAAUUACUUAUAAAGCUUAUUAUGGUCAUGUGCCUAAGCCUAUAGAUAGGAUUAUUUCUUAUAAAAAACACAACAAAGUGAUUCAAGGAUUAUUAGCAGAUCGAGACAUCCUCGUAAGAGAAGAGAUUUAUGAAGGCGCUGCACAAACAUUAGAAGCGCUUUCAAUCAAAUUAGGCAAUGACACUUACUUUUUUAAUUCAAAUGAACCUACUUUUAUGGACGCUGUCAUAUUUUCUUAUCUUCAUUGUAUAUUAAGUAUGCCACAUAGUGUAGAUGAUCAAUACACAGAAGAAGAAAGGAAACAAGCUUCGACAUUAAGUAAAUUAGUUCGUAAAUAUGAAAAUUUACAUCAAUAUGCAAAGAAUAUAUAUGAAAAUUGGUUAAAAUAA